GCGUCCCGGCCCCGCUGCGCUUCAUCCGGCAGUACUGAGCCAUUGAUCCCGUGUUCCGGGCUCGGCGCUCCGGGCUUCCCAGGGCUGGGCCCGGGACGCGGCUUCCCGCCAUGGCGCAGCUGGAGGGUUAUUACUUCUCGGCCGCCUUGAGCUGCACCUUCCUGGUGUCCUGCCUGCUCUUCUCCGCCUUCAGCCGCGCUCUGCGUGAGCCUUACAUGGACGAGAUCUUCCACCUGCCGCAGGCGCAGCGCUACUGCGAGGGCCGCUUCUCACUGUCACAGUGGGAUCCUAUGAUUACUACAUUACCUGGCCUGUACCUGGUGUCAGUCGGAGUGGUCAAACCUGCCAGCUGGAUCCUUGGCUGGUCUGAGCAUGUCGUCUGCUCCAUCGGAAUGCUCAGAUUUGUCAAUCUUCUCUUCAGUGUUGGCAACUUCUAUUUGCUGUAUUUGCUCUUCAGGAAGAUACAACCCAGAAACAAGGCUUCUUCAAGUAUCCAGAGAAUCUUGUCAACAUUAACCCUAGCAGUAUUUCCGACCCUCUAUUUUUUUAACUUUCUUUACUAUACAGAAGCCGGCUCUGUAUUCUUCACUCUUUUUGCUUAUUUGAUGUGUCUUUACGGCAACCAUAGGACUUCGGCCUUGCUUGGGUUUUGUGGCUUCAUGUUUCGUCAGACCAAUAUCAUCUGGGCUGCCUUCUGUGCAGGACACAUCAUUGCACAGAAGUGCAGUGAAGCCUGGAAAACUGAGCUACAGAAGAAGAAGGAAGAGAGGCUUCCCCCGGUUAAAGGACCACUCUCGGAACUCAGAAGAGUUCUUCAGUUUCUGCUGAUGUAUUCCAUGUCCCUUAAGAACCUGAGUAUGCUUUUCCUUUUGACCUGGCCCUACAUGCUUCUGCUGUUGGCAUUUUUCGUUUUUGUGGUGGUUAAUGGUGGGAUUGUCGUGGGCGAUCGGAGUAGUCAUGAGGCCUGCUUCCAUUUUCCUCAGUUGUUCUACUUCUUCUCCUUUACUGCCUUUUUUUCCUUCCCUCACCUACUUUCUCCGACCAAAGUCAAGACUUUUCUUAGCUUAGUUUGGAAACGUAGGGUUCAGUUCUCUGUGAUUACUUUAGUCUCGGUAUUUUUGGUUUGGAAAUUCACUUACGUCCAUAAGUAUUUACUGGCAGACAAUAGGCAUUACACGUUUUAUGUGUGGAAAAGAGUAUUUCAGAGACAUGAAAUUGUCAAAUAUUUAUUAGUUCCAGCCUACAUGUUUGCUGGUUGGGCUGUAGCUGACUCUUUAAAAUCAAAGUCAAUUUUCUGGAAUUUAAUGUUUUUUGUAUGCUUGGUUGCUUCUACGGUUCCUCAGAAACUACUAGAAUUCCGUUACUUUAUUUUACCAUACAUUAUUUAUAGGCUUAACAUACCUCUGCCACCCAUAUCUAGACUUGUUUGUGAACUGGGUUGCUAUGCAGUUGUUAAUUUUCUAACUUUUUAUAUCUUUCUGAACAAGACUUUUCAGUGGCCGGAUAGUCAUGACAUCCAAAGGUUUAUGUGGUAGUGGCAGGGAUAUUUUGAACUGUAAGAGCCUAUUUCUACAACAGAUAACUGGGUAAAGGAGUAUGGAUUUCUUUUAAGUAAAUUCAGGGAGACGAAAAGAAUUACAUUUGAGGCUAGUCUAAAAGCUUAGAUAAUGUUAAUAAAUUUGCUUGCAGUUGUCUUGAGAAUCUUUUCAGAAGUUUGGGGAUUUUCCAUGUAUGUAGGGGACUGGGUGAGCUCUGUAAUACCAGAACCUGCCCACCAACUUCCUUUGUAAAGAACAGUGAAGAAUGUGAAAACUGUUUACAAAUAAAUGACCUAGUGGUAUUUCUGAGCAAAA